AUGUCUUCUCUCAAGGCCUAUGGGAAAGUUGACGAAGCCGAGCAAGCGAGACUCGACGCUCGUCGAAGAACUAGAAAGAGAAUUACCAUCAUAAGCCUCUCCUCGAUAUUGCUUGUGGCUAUUGUGGUGGCAGCCGUGGUAGGAACUCGAGCUUCUACUGGCAAUUCCAAAAAUGGUGGUGAUCAAGCUAAAUCCCUUUCUGCUUCAGCUAAGGCAGUAUGUGAUGUUACAUUGUAUAAGGAUUCUUGUUACAGUAGUCUUGCUCCUUUGGCUAAAUCUAACCAGCUUCAACCAGAAGAGCUCUUCAAGUUGUCAAUUCAAGUGGCCAUGAAUGAGCUGUCAAAAGCCUCUCGAUACUUCUCUGCCAAUAAUGGUUUGCUUUUCCGUGGUGUCACCGAUAAUAUGACCAUUGCAGCCCUUAAUGAUUGCAAUGAUCUUCUAAGUUUGGCGAUGGACCAUUUAAAUAGUUCAUUGUCCUCUGCUGGUGAUGUCUCUGCGCUUGAUGCUGUGGAUGAUCUCAGAAGUUGGCUAAGUGCUGCUGGUUCUUGUCAACAGACGUGCAUUGACGGGUUAGAGGAGGCCAAUUUAAAGGCUAAUGCUCAAAAUUAUCUUAAGAAUACUUCUGAACUAACUAGCAAUAGCCUGGCCAUUAUCACAUGGAUUUGCAAGGUUGCAAGCUCAGUGAAGAUGAGACGUUUAAUGAGCUAUGAUGACGAAGACAAGGUGAAUAUGCCCAAGUGGCUGCAUCAAAGUGAUCGUAAACUACUUCAAACUAAAGAUUUGAAGAAGAUCGCGGACGUUAUUGUUACACAAGAUGGAUCUGGAAAGUACAAAAGAAUCCGCGAUGCCCUUAAAUCUGUUCCAGAUAAAAGCAAGAAGAGGUUCGUCAUCUAUGUGAAGAAAGGAACUUAUAACGAAAACGUUCGUGUUGAGAAAUCAAAAUGGAAUGUCAUGAUUAUCGGGGACGGAAUGAAUGCAACGAUAGUGUCUGGAAGCCUCAACAUUGUGGACGGAACUCCCACAUUCUCAACUGCAACUUUUGCUGUUUUUGGCAAGGGCUUCAUUGCCAGAGAUAUGGGAUUCCAGAAUACGGCUGGUGCGAUCAAGGAUCAAGCAGUGGCAUUGAUGUCUACUGGGGACCAAUCGGUCUUUUAUCGGUGCAGCAUCAAUGCUUUUCAGGACACUCUCUAUGCACAUUCUAACCGUCAAUUCUACCGCGAAUGCAACAUAUAUGGAACCGUUGAUUUUAUCUUUGGAAAUUCAGCAGUUGUGCUUCAAAACUGCAAUAUACUGCCCCGGAGACCUAUGCUUGGUCAACAGAACACCAUCACAGCCCAAGGAAGGUUUGAUCCCAAUCAAAAUACUGGGAUUUCAAUCCAGAAUUGCACCAUUCAACCAUUCGGAAACUUGAGUACUGUCCAAACUUUCCUUGGACGACCUUGGAAGAAUUACUCAACCACUGUAUACAUGAAUUCCAUGAUGGGAAGCUUGAUCGACCCCAGUGGAUGGUUACCAUGGACUGGGAAUACAGCACCUCCUACCAUAUUUUAUGCAGAAUUUCGGAACUUUGGACCCGGUUCGUCGUCAAAGAAUAGAGUCAAAUGGAAGGGCUUGAAAAAUAUUAGCAACAAACUAGCUAGCCAAUUUACUGUCAAGGCGUUCAUCCAAGGGGACAAGUGGAUCCCAGACACUGGCAUUAACUACAAACCUGGUUUAUGAUCGAUCCUUUUGACGGAUAUUAUAUAUUACACUACGUCUUCUUUCUCGCCUCCUUCGUCUCGCUUCGCUUGACUCUAAACCAAUUUUAUUUCAUCUCUUU